ACAGUGAUUCGUGGAAAGCGACCAGGAAGUAGAGGAGGUGUAAUUCAAACUUGAUUGAGGUUUGUAAACAGAUCAAGGAUACAAAAGGUAGAAGAUGGCAGGGAUACCAAGUGAGGUCCUAGAUUUGCAUGGAGAUAUGAUAAAGAAAUUGAGGAAAAUAUUUUCGAGGAUUCAAUUGAAUACAAUUCUUGAUCAAACAGUAUUAAGAGGAUUACUAACCAAUGAUCAGAGAGAUAAGGUAACCAGCAUGGAGAAGUUAUUCAGCGAAUUGAAGGCAAACGGCGAGAUAGAUUAAGGAGAUUACAAGCGGAUUUUGCCAAUUCUUAAUGACCAAGACGUUGAUGCCAAGAAAAUAAUUGACUACUACACAGAAAUGAUACGGAAGAAAAGAGACGCUGGAUACUACCAAGGCUCUAAUACUGAAGGUGAAGACAGCAGAGCUGGACCAAAGCCUAAGAAAACACAAAUAUCCAGUCGGGACCCUCCAUUCAAAGAUGAACACGAAAUGGCACAGAAACGACCAAGAAAUGCGGGAGCGCUAAGGAAACCAAUAAAUGACACCCACGAUGCCAGGAUUGUGCAUACCUGGAAAAAAGCGAUGGAUGCUGUUGGAUUCAUUGAAGGUCCCUGUUGCACUGGUACCGGAUUUAGAGUAGGGAAGGACAAGAUAUUGACAGCCUAUCAUGUAGCAGAGGGCAUAACAAGGAAAGAAAAACACUCGGAACCGGACAGAUCGCUCCUGGAAACAGACGAUGUUUGUAUCAAGUUCAACUUUUUGAAAGGAAGUGAUAAUCUUCCAACGUUUUAUUUUGAGGAUGAAUUGUGGGGAGACAAAGAAAUGGAUUUUGCUGUUUUACAGUUACGAGUUAAGGAUAAAACCACAGGAGCUUGCUAUCCAGAAGGUAUCAAACGUUUCAAGCACGCAUCACCUAAGAAUACGUUUGCAUUACUUGGUCACCCCGACGGAAAGCCAAUGCAAUGGGAUCCAAAUGUCCGAAUCCUUGAGAGCAAUGAAGGGGAAAAGCGUUUGAAGGAAAUGAAAACAUAUUGGAGCAGCAAACCCAUCGGCCAAAAAUGGGGUUACCCCGAUAGUCGGGAAGAACGCAAUGUGCUGUUUGAUUGCUGGGUUCAACACGGAGCAUCCGGAUCACCCGGCAUUGAGAUGGCGUCCGAUGGGGAGCCUGCAUGUAGCCUGAUGCUUAUACAUGGAUAUCCGGAUUUUGUUUUUGAUAAGGAGAAAUAUCAGGUUGUAUCAGAUGACCAUCCUUAUAUGAUUGAGCAAGGCGUCACAAUGGAGGCCAUAGCAAACAAACUAAGCAAAUUGGGGAAAGCUCAUAAAAAGGUUAAAGAAGAAAUAUUUGCUGACAACUUCUAAAGAAAAAAAAAACAUUGUUGAACAUUUUGACAAUGUGUACUUCAAGAAAAAUUUCGCACAAGUCGCAAUAUGCAAAAUUUCUUGUUGAUCUCUACCUUUAAGGAACUCUUUUCGUUGACAUUAUAUAAACAAGUACUUGAGUUGUUCACCUUUGAUUUCUUCUAGGAUUGCAAUACCAUUAUAACAUCUUUUCAGAAAGUUCGACCAAUACAUUAAUGUACAACGCGAAACGGGACCACAUGGAUUUUAUCGUUCUAGCUGGACCUUUAAAGAUUUUCUAUAAAAUCCCAAUGAUAGUUUGUUUGCAUGAUACACUAAGACGUACGAUUUACAUGCAAGUGUUUGAAAUACAAUAGAGAAAAAAGAGGAUUAUUUGAUAAUGCAAGCAAACAGUACACUGUAUGAAAUAAAACACUUGGAAAACAGAGAUUUAACAGUGGAUAGUUAACUUUACGCCGGCUGAGUAUGGUUUGUAACAGUAGUUAACUGUACACCGGCCAGGUAUGGUUUGAAACAGUGUAGUUAACUUUACACCGGCCGGGUAUGGUUUGUAACAGUGUAGUUAACUUUACGCCGGCUGAGUAUGGUUUGUAACAGUAGUUAACUUUACACCGGCUGAGUAUGGUUUGUAACAGUAGUUAACUUUACACCGGCCGGGUGUGGUUUGAAACAGUGUAGUUAACUUUACGCCGGCUGAGUAUGGUUUGUAACAGUGUAGUUAACUUUACGCCGGCCGGGUGUGGUUUGUAACAGUGUAGUUAACUGUACACCGGCCGGGUAUGGUUUGAAACAGUGUAGUUAACUUUACACCGGGCGAGUAUAGUUUUUUUUACAGUGUACGUAACUUUACACCGGCCGGUUAUGGUUUGUAACAGUAGUUAACUUUACACCGGCUGGGUAUGGUUUGUAACAGUGUAGUUAACUUUACACCGGCCGGGUGUGGUUUGUAAAAGUAGUUAACUUUACGCCGGCUGAGUAUGGUUUGAAACAGUGUAGUUAACUGUACACCGGCCGGGUAUGGUUUGAAACAGUGUAGUUAACUUUACACCGGGCGAGUAUAGUUUUUUUUACAGUGUACGUAACUUUACACCGGGCGAGUAUGGUUUGAAACAGUGUAGUUAACUUUACGCCGGCCGGGUAUGGUUUGAAACAGUGUAGUUAACUUUAAACCGGCCGGGUGUGGUUUGUGACAGUGUAGUUAACUUUACACCGGCCGGGUAUGGUUUGUAACAGUGUAGUUAACUUUACACCGGCCGGGUAUGGUUUGAAACAGUGUAGUUAACUUUACACCGGCCAGGUAUGGUUUGAAACAGUGUAGUUAACUUUACACCGGCCGAGUAUGGUUUGUGACCGUGUAUACGUAGUUAACUGUACACCGGCCGGGUAUGGUUUGAAACAGUGUAGUUAACUUUACACCGGCUGAAUAUGGUUUGUAACAGUGUAGUUAACUUUACACCGGCCGAGUAUGGUUUGAAACAGCGAAGUUAACUUUACACCGGCCGGGCAUGGUUUGAAACAGUGUAGUUAACUUUACACCGGCCGGGCAUGGUUUGAAACAGUGUAGUUAACCUUACAUCGAGCGAGUAUAGUUUUUUUUACAGUGUACGUAACUUUACACCGGGCGAGUAUGGUUUGAAACAGUGUAGUUAACUUUACACCGGCCGAGUAUGGUUUGAAACAGUCUAGUUAACUGUACACCGGCCGGGUAUGGUUUGUAAAAGUAUAGUUAACUUUACACCGGCCGGGUAUGGUUUGUAAAAGUGUAGUUAACUUUAAACCGGCCGAGUAUGGUUUGAAACAGUCUAGUUAACUGUACACCGGCCGGGCAUGGUUUGAAACAGUGUAGUUAACUUUACACCGGCCGAGUAUAGUUUUUUUUACAGUGUAGUUAACUGUACACUGGCCGGAUAUGAUUUAUAACAGUGACGUUAACUUUACACCGGCCGGGUGUGGUUUGUAACAGUGCAAUUAACUUUACACCGGCUGAGUAUAGUUUGUUACCGUGAAUGUUAACUUUUAAACGACUGAAUAUGGUUUGAAACAGUAUAAUUAACUUUACACUGGCCGGGUAUAGUUUGAAACAGUGUAAUUAACUUUACACUGGCCGGCCGGUAUGGUUUGAAACAGUGUAAUUAACUUUACACUGGCCGGCCGGUAUGGUUUGAAACAGUGUAAUUAACUUUACGCCGGUGGAGUAUGGUUUGUAACCGUCUACCAGGUAGUUAACUUUAAACCGGCUGAGUAUGGUUUGUAACAGUCUAGUUAACUUUACGCCGGCCGAGUAUGGUUUGUAACAGUGUACUUAACUUUACACCAGCCGAGUAUUGUUUGUAACAGUGAAUACGUGAAGACAUUUUGCCUGCUAAUACUUGAUGGUAUUAAGAUAUCAAACUAUGGAACAAUGAAUCACUGUUAAUAUUUCAAAUUACUUGUUUGAUUCUAAGUUUUAUAACUUGUGCCCAAUUCCCAUGUAUAUAUUAAGAUACAAUAAAAUAUGUUU